AUGUCAGCAACCACAAGCGCUGCGCAACGUUGCAACAUCGACGCAACUCGGAGAAUAUUACCCAACUCACCUUCCACCGGGCCCGUCGUCUCCAAACUCUCAAUACUUGAUUCAACAGUCGCCCGUUUCACGCCUACGGCUGCGAUAUGGCUUUACGACAAGCCAGAAACGUCACAAUUGUCACGCACUGAAUUCUUUGGGAACCUCAGCCACUCACUCAGUCAAACACUAAACGAUUAUCCGCACUUUGCAGGGCAACUCCAAUGGGCUACACCCGAGCAAGUCAAAGACGACGCAGUGUCGCGACACCUUGGCCGGCUAGUAGUUGCGUAUGGCUCGACCGAAGAUCCCGGGGUUGAGUUAUCCAUCGCCACUCACGACUCAAAGCUCAGCGAUAUAGUCCCUAGCCGGGCUGAGAGGGCGACGAAUUUGAAAGAGUGGAACGCCUCGAACUUCCAGCAAAGCGAUUUCUUGCCAAAAACCAAGAUUGCGCUCACGUCUUUGAAUGCUAUCGACGGGCUGCCUGCUAUGGCCGUUCAGCUGACGUCGUUCAAGUGUGGAGGCUUUGGGAUCAGCGCAAUGGUCUCGCAUCCUCUCGCAGAUGCUGUAUGCUUGAUGAACUUCAUGUACUCUUGGGCAACAAGGUCGAGGGUUCUACUGGGCAACGUUACUGCAAUCGAUGGUCUGAUCAUAUUCAAACCUGUCUUUGAUCCGGCACAGCUUGACCAAGCUGCAGGGCUCACACCCGGAGGUCUCCCGGACGCAUCAAUAGUUGCAAAGGCUCGAGCAUUGCCGAUGCACCGGUUUGACUGGUGGGCAGAAGAUGCGCCAGGAUAUCCUCCAGGUGUCAGACCAGCUUCACUAGCCACCAUGCCACCGCCGGACGAAUUAAGAACAACCAAACUCAGUCCGUCAACAUAUCCUCCGUGGCCGACUUGGGACAUGAGUGCGCCAGUUGAGCAUGUUCAAAUACGUUUCGCGGCAGCCGAGUUGACCCGGCUGAAGGAAGCUGCGCAAGCGAGCCUGCCGGACGACCUGCAAUCACUCCGAGUCUCCCGGCUCGAUGCAGUUCUGGCCCAUAUCUGGACUUUGAUGAACCGUGCGCGCGGCCAUGAAGGAAAACCUGAACAAGCAUAUCUGAACAUCACCUUGGGUCUUCGAAAUCGCGUCGAUCCACCCUUACCAGACACUUUUGUUGGAUCUCCUCUCCUUCUAGGGUAUGUUGAGAAAACCGCCAACGAAGCGAGCUCAAUCCAUCUUGGGCCUAUCGCCGGCGCUAUCAGGCAGAUGAUGUCUCGCUUCACGCCAGAUGCGGUUGCAGCUUACAUCCAUGACGCCGCACACGAGGUCAGCCCUCAGCGGUUAUGGCAAGGCUUCUUGGGAACUCAUCACACCCCCGUGACAUCCUGGGUGAGAGCCAAAACAUACGAGCUUGACUUCCUGGGCACGGGGGAGUUAGCUCGGUAUGUCCAGGGCGUCAUGCCAAAGAUUGAUGGCUUGGUUCAGAUCAUGGAUGUUGCCUACACUGGUGACUUUGAUGUGAGUGUAUGUAUGCAGCGAAGUGCCAUGGACCGGCUGUUGAAGGACAGUUCGCUGCGUCAAUACGAGUAG